AUGUUCUCUCAGAAGAAGCCGUACUCGGCUGUCACCGUAAACAUCGAGACGCUCACCAGUGAGACGUACGAGGAAGAUGACCUGAGCGGCAUCCCCGACCUCGUCGAGGUCAUCAAGCUGCAGGCUUCCGGUCCCGCCGAAGCUGCCCGCGCCAUUCGCAAGAAGCUCAAGUACGGCAACGUUCAUCGCCAACUUAGAGCUCUCACCAUCCUUGACGGUCUUAUCCAAAACGCCGGCCCGCGCUUCCAAAGAGCCUUCGCUGACGAGACUCUCUUGGAACGUCUGAGAGUUUGCGGAACGUCUGACCUAUCCGACCCUGACGUUAAGAGAAAGUGUACGGAGUUGUUCCGCAGCUGGUCUCAGUACAAGAGCACCCCGGGCCUGGAGCGCAUCGCCAAGCUUCAUCAGGAACUCCCCAAACGCAAGGUCGCUGCCACUCAGGAGAGGUCUAAGGCUGUUCGCGAGACGGAGAACCCGUUCGGCGAGGAGGAAGAGGACAAGCCCCCCUCCCCUACUCACCGUACUGGCGAGUCUUCGCGAUCUCAUCAAACACCUUACGGCGGUGCAUCUGGCACCGUCUCUUCUUUCAGCCACACCAAGUCCCCAUCCAGCUCGGGAGGCGGCUUCUUCGGUGGUUCCAAGGAUAAGAAGAAGAAGGACAAGGAUAAGAAGGGCAAGCGGAAGCCAUUCAACCUCGAGCUUGAGAAGGAGGCGAUGAAGAGCGCCAUCGCUGAAAGUUCCAUCGCAACCACCAACCUCAACAACACCCUUCAGAGCAUCAACAGAGAGAGGGAGCGAAUCUCCGAGAACCCCCAGGCCGUCGCAGGGUUCGAAGGCUGCAAGCAACUGAGGCGAAAGAUCCUGCGCUACAUUCACCAUGUCGAGUCUGAGGAAUGGCUUGGCAGUCUGCUAAGAGCCAAUGACGAGCUCGUCACGGCCCUCAUGACUUUUGAGCAACUCGAUAGAUCCAUCGACGCCGACAGUGACUCGGACGACGACCUGGCCGAGCAAGCUCACAUCUAUCGAAUGGUGACCGAAAAGGCCAAGAACUCCAUGUCCCCACCUCCUCCGGACGUCUCUGGCCUGAGCAUCGGCCACACGCCAUCCCCUCGUCCCCCCGCCCCGCCACGCCCGGCCCCGAUGUCGAGGCCCUCGCCUCCAGUCCCCGCCGCUCCUCCCAAGCCCCCGAGACCUCCCGUCCAGCCUGUCCAGCCGGACUCUGACGAAGAGGACGACGACGACCCAUUCGCUGACAAGAACGCGCUCGAGACGCCCGCUCACGAGCGAGGAGAGCCAAGAUGGUGA